GGAGAGCAAACUUAUGUUGUUUGAUAGUUUUGUUGAACAAAUCAUAGGUAUUCCAGCUUGUGAUCUCGUGGAUCCUACAACUGAAGAGGUAUUUUCUAAUUGUAUUCAUUACAUUUCGUUUUAUUUACAUCUUGGUAAAUAUAUGAUACCCUUCCUGUAUACUAUUAAACACAGCUUGAUGAUCCCCUGCCACUCCCUGAUGUUCUGAAAAACAUUAUUGGUAAAACAUACCAGAUUGCUCUUUGUGUUGAGCAAGAUAAUAUCUCAAGAGGAAAUGAUGAAUACAAAGUUUCUGAGGUUUUAACAAGUCAGAACCUUAAUCACGCUGCCCUUGAACCUGAAGUUGAUUAUCCUGUUGAUCUUUCAUCCAUGAGUUCCAGUGACCAGGUAAUACAUUUUCCUAAAUUCAGUGUGAUUUAUAUGAUGUGAUAAUCUUUGUUGUUCCUUCCUCGCCUAAUUAAAAAUUCAUAAUGUUUUUAGGUUUUGAUGCUGACUAAUAGUUCUCAUAAGGAUGACACUACCAAUACUUCACUGUCUACACCAUCAUCAAAGAGAAAAGAAGAUACUUCGGAUGGAUCUGAUCAAAACUCCACAAGCAAGAAACAAUGCACUGGAAUACAAUCUAAUGUCAAAGACGAUGGUGUCAUUGAUUUAGACACUCCGGAGAAAAAUGAUCAGUCUACUGAUGUUAAAGUCCAUGGUGUCCUGGCUGUAGACAAUUCGAAGGAACAUGAUCAGCCUAAGUUCAUACACAAACUUGAUGAGGCAGGUCAAGAAGCCAUCACCAAAGUAAGUGAAGCAGAACAGAAGCAAGUUCUUUUGAAGAACAUUAAGCUUGAGAAGCUCGAAGGCCAGAAGGGAGCAAAGUGAGUUAAGGGAAGACUCAACAAUCUAAAAUAAAGUUGAUCUCAUGGAUUAGUUUUUUUUUUUU